AUGUUUCAGAAAAAUCCCAUAGUUAAGCCUUUUGCUAAUCUGAAAAACUCGGAAAGAAGGAAGAUCAUAAAGAGCACGAUUGCUUCUUAUAACCUUCCAGAAGAUGUGCUGAGUCUGGAAUUUGUCAAUGAGCAUCUUUUUCCUAAGGUGAUUCAGCAUGCAGUAUUCAAGAGUUCUCCUUCUAAUUUUCGAGGAAGUGUCUAUGUUGAUGUACAGACAGGAAAGGCGGUUUGGUUUGAUACUAGGGAUUCUGGAAGAUUGAUUCCUACACUCUAUACCUUAUGGAAAGCACCGUUCUUAUUACCUAUAGUGUACACUCAUAUGGGAGUCGUUGAUCAUUUGAGCAAUGGGGCCAACCUAAUGAUUCGAGGAUGUAUGCCUCCGUUUGAUGGUCGAGCCGAAAAAGGAGUUCUAGUGGCAGUGUCUGUGAUUGAACGCCCCAAAGUUAUGGUGGCCGUUGGUUACUGCAGUAUGGAUCUCUCGAAGAUCACGGAGAUUGCUGAUAAUACUGCCGGUGUUGCCGUCAGCAUUGUUCAUGUCUACAAAGAUAAGUUGUACAAGUUAGACGGCAAGCUUGAGGAGGAUGUAUUACCAAAAAAUGAGGACAUUGAUAUGCCUACGAGUAUAGAAGAAUUGGAGGAGUUGAGGAAUGCCGGUGGUGAAAAGUCAGAACAAGUCGAAGAUACUGCCGAACUCGUUGCUGAGAGUCAUAUAGAUUCUACUUUCUCUCUAUCUACAGAGGAAGUAGAUGAUUUCUUCGUUCGUUCUGUUCUCUAUAGCAUCACUCAAGACAAAAUAGAUCUUCCGAUAGAUGCGUCGAUCUUUAUGUCUGCUCAUAUCCUCAAGAACCUUCCACCUGUAGACUCUGAUCUUGUCAAUAUGAAGAAAACAUCCUGGAAAAAAGCUCAUAAGUUCCUCAAAGCCAUGGAGAAGCUAGACCUUGUGAAGUUGAAGGGAAAAGGUGAAGAUGUUAUCGUGGUGAGCGUGGCGGACAAAUCCAAUCAAAGAGUGGCGAAAUUUGAACCCUACAGAGUCAAAAAGCAUUCGUCAAGGCCAGUCAAAUGCUCUUCUUCUUCUGUCACUGUCCAGCAGCUCUACAAGCCGAAAUCCUCUACUCGUGAGCUCUUCAACAGACUGAACAUGGAAUACGACCGAUACUACGAAGAACAUGAAUUGAAAGAGCUCGUAGCCGAUUAUAUCCGUCAAUUUAGACUUGCCAGAGAGCAGUAUCCUAAAUUGAUUCGAAUUGACCCAACUAUGAGCGAAAUGGGUGUCAAAGGUAUUAAGCAAACGAUCAAUUCUGCAGAGAGAAGUGGUGUAUUUGCCAUGAUCAUAGGCAAAAGUUCCAACUUCCAACAGUUCUACAGAAUAGUGAAAAAUGGCGAUAAUGGAGAAGACAAUGGACGUACAAGUAAAAUGAAAAAAGGGUCUCCUCCAAAAAUUACCGUAUUGAUUGAACAGGUUAGAGGAAGACGUAAAAUUAUGACAAGAAUCAGCGGAUUGGAAAAAUACUAUAUACAACCCGAGGAGUUGGCAUCUGUGCUCAAAGUUAAAUGCUCUGGUUCGGCCACCAUCGGCGAAAAGCCUGUGACCGGCUUAGCUGAGGUUUCUGUGCAGGGAUCGCAUGAAAAAGCCGUUGAAGAGAUCUUGGUUAAGCAGUAUGGAUUGAAAUCUUCGUGGAUAGACGUGACAGACAAGUUAAAGAAGCAAAGAAGGAAGUAA